AUGGAGUUUUCAAAAAUAAUCGUCGUCACCAUAGCUCUAACCUUUGCCAUCACAAUGGCGGUGGCAGAUCAGUCGCCAUUGCCGUCCACAAGAGUGAGCCGUUUCCUUCAAGCUGCAAACCCCAGAGCGGUGCAGCAUUGCCGGAAAAAUGGCGAGGUUUGCACCGUCCAAGGCAGUGCCACCUCGACUUGCUGCGGCAACAAGUGCAUGGACUUGGCAACGGACGACAACAACUGCGGGGCGUGCAACAUGAAGUGCAAGUACAGGGAGGUUUGUUGCCGAGGAGAGUGCGUCGACAUCGCCUACGAUAAACGGAAUUGCGGCGCUUGCAAUCACCGGUGCCAACCCGGCGAGUUUUGCGUUUAUGGAAUGUGUAACUACGCGUGA